UUAUAAGACACUUCAAACGAGGAAUGUUAAUAUUAUGUUUUUUUUAUAUUAUGCAGGGUUUGGGAGUUUUCAUUACUACAUAUUAUUCAUUUGUGGAUCGCUUUUCGCAGCAAUCUCCAUUAGCGUGACGUCUGUGUCUUUCAUUAUACCGUCAGCACAAUGUGAUUUCCAAAUGACAUCCUUACACAAAGGAAUCCUCAAUGGAGCAUCGAUGAUAGGAAUGUUCUUCGGAUGUUUUAUUUCGGGUUACAUGGCGGAUUCCAAAGGCAGAAAGUAUACAUUGGUUGUCUGCAUGAUGAUUGAUGGUAUCUUCAACCUCAUAUCUAGCGUGUCUCAGAUUUAUCCAGUAUUAAUAUUCUGCAAGUUAAUGAGUGGAUUUGGGGUGUCUGGUGUUACUGUGUUCUAUUCGUACCUUGGAGAAUUCGUAAACAACAAAAAUCGCGAAAAAUUUCUUUGUUGGAUGGAAUUGUUCUGGACAUUUGGUGUAAUAAUACUUCCAUGCAUUGCAUGGUUAGUUAUACCACAAACAUUUAGAAUCGAAUACGGUUUCUUUUUGUUCAGAUCAUGGAAUUUAUUUGCAGUUAUUUGUUCUCUUCCAAGCAUAAUAUUUUCAUAUUUGUUGGUUAAAUUACCAGAAAGUCCAAAGUUCUUACUUGCCAAGGGUAAACACGACGAGACCAUCGAUUGCUUGAAAUUCGUUUAUAGGUGGAAUAAUAAGACUGACGAUGAAUUUCCGGUGACUUCAUUAACGUUACCCGAUUGUUGUAUUAAUGAACAGAAUAAUAGCUUUUUUAAUGGACUCUACAAGAGCAUUCUGGAGCUGUUUACAUCUAAAUUCAAAGUUGUAGCUAUGAAUACAUGUACGAUACAAUUUUGUUGCACUGCCAGCUUUUACAUGAUGGUUUUGUGGUUCCCAGAGCUGAUGAAUAGAUUUCGAUGGUAUGAAACAUUAUAUUCGGGUCCCAAAAAUAUGACAAAUAUGUGUGAAAUUGUAUCACUGUUUAAAGUUGAACCAGAAGAGAUAGAUCUCAAAUGCAAUGAUGAAAUCGAUCAAUCUGUUUACGAAAACAUUCUCAUAAUCGGCAUAGCUUGUAUACCUACAAGUGUUAUUGUGCCGCUAUUAGUAAACAGAUUCGGAAUAAAAUUUUUUUUAGUGUUAAGUUUUUUCGGGUCAGGUUUGUCUGCUGCUUGCUUGUACUUCAUUACGUCUUCAUUCGAGAAUAUCGUGUUAUCUUCCGUAUUUGAAGCUCUUUCCAGCUUGGGUAUAGGUUUAGUAUUUUGUAUAAGUGUUGAACUAUUUCCAACAGAAUAUAGAGGCGUCGCUGUAUCAAUUGGUUCUAUGUUUGGAAAAAUUGGUGCAGUUAUUGGCAACAUCGUAGUUGGUGUAUUUAUAGAUGCACAUUGUAUGGUUCCUAUUUUAGUAUCGUGCUCUUUUUUGAUAAUUUCAGGGUUAUUAGUCUUAACAUUACCAAAAACUGGAAGAAUCGCCAUAAAAUGAACAUAUAAUAUUAGAAGACAGAACUUUAAUCUUGUAUCAUUAAACAAUUAGUAUAUCCUGUUUUUUUUACAAUUUUAAAUACAUUUAUAAAUUUAUUUUUGUUCGUACAAAAAUGAAUACCUUCAUAAUGUAUUACGGAAGUAAA